AUAUUCACCUUGAAGGGGCGUGGCGUCACCGUGGAGGCCGGGCGCAGGCGAACAUGGAGGUUUAGUUAUCGGUUGGUAUCCGCUGGAUAAGGAGGGCACCUUACGAAACGUCUUUUAUUUUCAGUUUUUCUUCGUUUUACUUUGUUUUUUGGCCUCAACAUGGAGAUGAAGAAGAGGAUCAGCCUGGAGCUGAGGAACAGAAACCCAGCUGAGGUGACGGAGCUAGUGGUGGAUAACUGCCGCUCCACUGAUGGCGAGGUCGAAGGUCUGACAGAUGAGUACACGGGGAUGGAGAUCCUCAGCAUGGUGAACGCCGGCCUCACCUCACUCUCCAAGCUGCCCUCUCUGCCCAAACUAUGCAAGCUGGAGGUGAGCGAUAACACCAUCUCAGGAGGUCUGGACACGCUAGCGGAGAAAUGUCCCAACCUGACAUACCUGAACCUGAGCGGGAACAAAAUCAAGGAGCUGAGCAGCAUUGAGGCGCUGCAGAACCUGAAGAACCUGAAGAGUCUGGACCUGUACAGCUGCGAGGUGACCACGCUGGACGACUACAGAGAGAGCGUGUUCGAGCUGCUGCCUCAGCUCACCUACCUGGACGGGUAUGACCAGGAGGACAACGAGGUGCCCGACUCGGAGGCUGACAACGAUGAGGAUGAUGAAGCCGGCCCACCUGGAGAUGACGAUGACGAGGAGGAGGAGGAGGAGGAGGAGGAGGAAGGCUCUGAAGGGGAAGAAGAUGAGGUUGGCCUGUCGUACCUGAUGAAGGAGGGAAUCCAGGAUGAAGAAGACGAUGGGGACUAUGUUGAAGAGGAGGAGGACGAGGAGGAGGAAGAGGAAGAUGGAGACGAGGACAGAGCUGGCGUUCAGGGAGAGAAGAGGAAGAGAGAUGCAGAGGACGAAGGUGAAGGUGACGACGAUGACGACGAAUAGCUGACACCC